AUGGCCCCCGCUUCCAUACCAAACGAUAUCUAUCAGUACUCCCUCCGCUCUGCCUACGAUGCUGGAUUGAAAGAGGGUGGACCACCCGUGGCCUUCCUUACCAACCACGGCACUCAUGGUGUCGGCAUAUUCGAAGCUGAAGAGGAAGACGAUGGCACUGAGCUGCCGCCGAAAGACAUGAUUCAGAUAGAUAGUGUUGCAUACGCUCUCGAUAACGACGGACAAGCGGAGCGAGCGGACAAGGGCGACCAGAUGCCGCAUACACUCGUGACGGUGUUCCAGCCUGCUCAGCGAGUCAAGCUGCCCACAGGCACGACGUUCAAAAAAGUGCUCGAGCUCUUUGCCAGCAAGGCGAGGAACACCCCUUUGCCCUUCAGAAUAACAGGACCCAUCAAGUACAUGGGCACAAAACAGGCGACAUACUGGGAUGUGAAAGGCACAAUCUUCGGCUUUUGCAUACCGCCUUGGCAGAAGGAUGUCAGUGGUGACGGUCUGCAGAGCUGUUUUCUUGCGGAUGAUAAGAAGAAGGGUGGCAGAGUUGUGGAUUUCGAAAUGGGCGACGGUGCAGUGCUGGAGUUUGCAAAGUGCGGACGUUUCCAUCUUGGCUUCCCACAGGAUGACGAGUAUGAGCAACUUCGAAUCUGA